CAUUUCUAGUUCGAUCAAGAUUUUCUUGCAGGGUGUAUGGCCGUGUACAGUUCUGAAUGACAUCCUGGUCAUUAGGAAUCACUUGGCGGCUACCUGUACCAUAUACCAUGAGCUACUUUGGCCCAAAUUUCAAAUCUGACAUGGCAGUUCCACAUUGAGGGAGUUAAUCUCUUAUGUACCUUCCCAGCCUGGAUUUGGGAGCGGCUACCUUUUUGUUUUCUAAUGUUGCCAACCUGUCCAAACUAGAAAUAAUUUCGUAAUUAUUUCUAAUAAUAUCAGUGAUGCCCUGACUCAUUCCUACAUAUCUGUAUUUUUAAGCCUUUCAUCUUUCAUUACUGAAUGACUGCUUUCCAACACCCAGGCACCUAGGAGAAGAGGGAGAAAGCACAGUUGUAGUGAAGCAGUAUACGCAGAGUGGGAGAGGAUUUUGGAGAAAAACUAAACUUGGUUUAGGGAAUGAACAUUUAUUGAGCAUCUUCACUGACUGGCUUGGCCACAGAUGUCUUUAAUUCCAAAAACCUGGCCGUUCAGGCACAAAAGAAGAUCUUGGGUAAAAUGGCGUCCAAAUCCGUCGCUACCACCUUAAUCGAUGACACGAGCAGCGAAGUGCUGGAUGAGCUCUACAGGGUGACCAAGGAGUACACCCAGAACAAGAAGGAGGCAGAGAAGAUCAUCAAAAACCUCAUCAAAACAGUCAUCAAGCUGGCCAUUCUUUACAGGAAUAAUCAGUUUAACCAAGAUGAGCUGGCACUGAUGGAGAAAUUCAAGAAGAAAGUUCAUCAACUUGCUAUGACCGUGGUCAGUUUCCAUCAGGUGGAUUUCACCUUUGACCGGAAUGUGUUAUCCAGGCUGUUAAAUGAGUGUAGAGAGAUGCUCCACCAGGUCAUCCAGCGUCACCUCACCGCCAAGUCACAUGGACGGGUUAAUAAUGUCUUUGAUCAUUUUUCAGAUUGUGAUUUCUUGGCUGCCUUGUAUAAUCCCUUCGGAAGUUUUAAACCCCACUUACAAAAACUGUGUGAUGGCAUCAACAAAAUGUUAGAUGAAGAGAACAUAUGAGCAUGUGAGUUGAGAUUGUGACUGCUCGUGAUUUAUUUGAAGAUGGAGCACUGCUGAUUUAUGAAGAAAAAAAAUAAUGUUUUAAAGAUUACACAUAUUUCAGAAAGACUUUGCCCAAUUCAGUUGUCAGACAUUAAUGCUAAUGUUUUAUGAGGCUUGUUUUAUUUGAAGCAAAGCAUAUUGCCAAAUAUUCUGGUAAAAAGCUUCCCAGCGGUUAGCAGAUCAUGGGAAGAUGUAUGGUUGCGUGAUGCAAAUAUAGAGUUAUAUAAAGAAAGAUACGUGUGGCUCCAAACCUCAAGACAUCUUUUUUAGGGCAGUUGUUAUGUUGGUGGCACAUUGGAUAUUUCUGUCAUGUACAGAAUUGUGUAUUUUGAUUCACCUUUAUUCCUUACUAUGUAUGUGUACCUCUUUUAAAAAGCCAAGAGCUCUCUCUUACUGUCAUUUCUCCUUUUGAAACAAUUCCAUUUUCACGUUUACCUUUUGUUAAAAAAUCUUUUGUUAAAGACUUUGUCACUGACAUUCAAGAAUUCCAUCUUAAUUAAGAAUUAAGAUUCAAGAAUUAAGGCAGUCACAUUGAACCUUCAGAAAAAUAGAAAACUGCUUCUCUGAAAUCAAUAUUGUAGAAACCAAUUGUAUUUGACAUUAUGAAUAAUGUCUAACAUAAGACUAUGCUUCUGGAAUCGAGUCCUGUUUUUCAGUACCAACAGUAAUACUUCCCAAAACAUGAAAAUUCCCCAAAAUGGCAUACCAUUGCCUUGAAAUGCUUGCUGAGGGCUUAACUUAUGUCAUCUUGAAAAUGUGCUGAUGGAAUCUCCAUUUUUCAUACCUGUUUUAAAUGUAAGAGACAAAGAGGAAAUCUAGAUCAUUCCCGAUAUUGGGACAAUAAAAAGUAAGUGGUUUUAAGAAUGAUAAAACAAUCUUUACGUUAGAGACGAGCCCAUCAGAAUAAUUUAAUUUAGGGGGAUGAAAGGCAAAAGGGAAGACAGGAUAUUGCCAGAAGAACAUGGGAAUGAAAAUGAAUGCAUUUCAAUGUUUAGUAAGGUUUGAUAGGUAAAUAAAGAAUGUCACUUUUUUAUUUAACUGAUAAGGUUUUUGCUAUUUUGUUAUUUGCUAUUUUGAUGAGUAAACCAAAGAAUAUUUGCAUUCCAA